AUGAUAUGGAGAGAUAUGUAUGCAAUUAGAAUUAAUUAAUUUAUGUUAUAUUUAUUAUUGAUUCCGGCUCUGGCUUAUGUACAAGAAUAAUAUCUGAUGGAAAUAUACAAUCAAGUGAAUAGUAUUAAGGAGUCCAUAUCGUAAUUGGAAUAUUAUUCAGCCUUAGAGAAAUUAGAAUGGAAGUCUCGAUAGGAUAGGGAGUUUGAGGAGGAAGGGAUGGAAAUCUACUUAGAACAUUACGCUGAUGUGAGUGAAAUAAUGGUUACUUUAGAUCCACAAAUUACUUAAGCAGAGAGUCAAUUCAGAAAAAAAGGAGAAGGACAGCCUAGAACUAUUUAUACACGAGACAUACCUAAAAGUGACAAAUCUUCUAAAACGCCUAAUAAUUGAGAAAGUAUCAUUUAUGUAAUUCAUUAUGCUAGGAUAAAUUGAUUGAGGCUGACGUAAGAGAAUUGGCGAAAUUAAAGCAUUAGACUAGAGAGGAUACGUAGAGGCGAUUUGAGGAGUACAAUUUUUUACUUGUAAAAAUUAAAGAAGGUAAAAAUGGACAAUUAUAUAAUUAGCAAUUGAUUCUCCAAAUAUUCAAGAUAUUCUGAAAACUCUAGAAUUAUUGGAAUCAAAGAUAAUGAUCGGUCUCUUCAAAUCCAAUCCUAGCUAGGAAUUGGAUUUCUUCAUCAAAGGAGUAGAUCGAUUGUUUAAAUAAAGCAACCAUUCGAAUUCAAAAAAUGAGGCUCUGCUAUUAUUAAGUUUGAUGCACAGUGUCAUACAAGAGACCAUUAUUGAAAUGAUGAAUGAACAGUUAGAAUCUUCCUUCGAUCUUUUAGAUAAAGAACUUUUCUACUCUCAAUCUAAAAACACCCACCAACAAGCUAAGGAAUCUUUGACUACUCUCCUCAACAAACUUGAAAGUAAGAUCAUUUGAAUAUCUAUUUACAAGUCACUGGAGCCAAAUUUUGGAAUGAGCAAUUGAAACUUAUUGGCGAUGAGGAUCAUUUGAUUCAAAUUUUGUAGAGUUCCCUUGAUUAAUCUAUGUUGAUGAGUAAUCGAUCAAUCCAAUAUCAUCAACAACUAUCAGACACUCUGAGAGCCAUGUUGGAACGUUUUCUUUAACGCUGA